UAAGAUUCUUAAAAGUGCACCCCUACUACGUGGGUGCAUCUACUCGCUUGUCUUCCAGACACUACAAUAUCGCUAAAUGAACCACUCAGUUCACAUUAUUUUGUAAAAAAGCACCGUUAUUUUUGACUGGAUUGUUUGCAUUUUGUAUUGUUUUUUUCUAAAAUUUCGGCGUUGUCUUCAAACACCUGCGCUGGUCGUACGUACAUACAAAAUAACCUGUAAAAAUGAUCAAGAUCAAGCUUAAGUUUUUACAGGUUAUGUCGUCCGUAAGACCGGCGCAGGCGUCCGUAGACAUCGUUAGCUGAAUUUCUAGAAGAAAACAAUACAAAUUCAGUCGAAAAUACCGCUGCUUUUAUUACAAAAUAAUGCAAAUUAGUAGUGAACUGAGUGUUGUUCAUUUAGUGUCUGGAAGACAAGCGAGUAGAUGCAUCCAAUUUGGUGUAUUAAACGUACAGAAUGGAACAAAUAAUCAGGAGCUAAUAAAUCACCGUGACGUGAUGUUAGUCAUCGCUGAAUACUGCUGAUAAAUGAGGAGGAUGUCUCUCUUGUACUCCAGUGAAUCACCUAGUCCUGUAACCCUAUGCUUCAAUGGUAGCACAACUGAUUGUUCCCCCUGCAUGUGGAACAAUCUUUCGUCGAUUCCUUCACCAAUGUUAGGAACUAUUCCGGUGUCGGAAGACCCGCGUAUUGAAGUCCUUAGACUUUACUCAUACGGAGUUGCCCUGCCUUUUAUUUGCUUCCUGGGGAUAGUGGGAAAUGUUUUCAAUCUGAUUGUGCUAACUAGAAGAAACAUGCGAGGAACGGCCUACAUCUACAUGAGGGGCUAUUCAGCAGCGGCUUUGUUGGCCAUCCUGUUCGCAUUGCCAUUCGCCUGGCGAGUGCUGGUCCAUCGCGAGCAGGGUCACUGGGAGCAGCCGCUUUCAGCAUUCUAUUUCGCACACUUGGAAUUGUUCUUGGGGAACGCCUGUUUGGGUGUGGGGGUGCUGAUGCUGCUCGCCCUCACCUUGGAGCGUUACGUCAGCGUGUGCCAUCCAGGACACGCUCGGCCCAUCUUGGGCUCUCCCCGACGUGCGGUGGUUCUUAUCCCGAUCGUUACGUUUAUCCUGUACUUCCCCGCCGCUUUUCGCAGUAAAGUCACCAUAUGUCGGUUAUUGCCCGACAGCGUCAUUAUCUACCAAAGACAAGAACUGACCAGUCUGGUAGAACAUCCACUGUAUAGCAUUUACAAGGUGCUGUUGGAGUUCAUUUUUAAAGUGAUACCGAUUAUUUUAUUGGCGGCACUCAAUCUCAGGAUUUUGAUUGUUUAUCGGAAGUCGUGCGAAAAAAGGAGAAGGAUGACGCUGAGUAGGACUACUUCGGGGGAAGAGGACCCAAGGAAGUUUGCAGAAGAACGCAGAUUGGUUUUGUUGUUGGGGUCUACGAGUAUUUUAUUUCUAGUCUGCAUUACACCGAUGGUUAUUCUCAAUGUCACAUUGUCGCAGAAUAAUUUAACCAAAUAUCCUUAUCAGGUGUUUCGCGCUAUCGCCAACUUGUUGGAAAUAAUAAACUACUCCAUCACCUUCUACAUCUACUGUUUAUUCUCCGAAGACUUUCGUAACACGCUACUUCGAACUUUUCACUUAUCGGGAGCUACUCCAGCGAGAGGCACCGUUAAGCCACCGCCCCCCACAGCAACAACCACAAUCACGCACCCCCGCAGCGUUUGAUACAAGUCCAGCAGACCAAUGGCGACGUUGGUCUAAUAAAAUCUCGAUAAAAAACAAGAUCAAUUAUUCUCACCCCUGGUGCUACUUAACCACGACUAUAAUAAUUGAAAUCGUUGGCCUAAAAAUUUGUAAUUCUUGUAAAUGUACUAGGUAUAAUAACAUCUCCACUCCGAAAACAAACCGCGAAUAUUUUUGUAUUGGUUUCAUUUUCACUGAUGAGAUCAUAUACUUAAAUGUUACGGUGUCCCGAUUUUCCGAAAAUAGCAGCUGUGAUAAGAAGGGCAUCAAGUUGAACAACUCUUAACACUGCCCAUUACGUAACAAUUCCAGAAACGGGUUUAUUUAUUACUAAAAUAUGUCUUAGUUUAUAGAUGUAAGUAUAGCAUAACUUCAAUCAAAUUUCUGAUCAAAUAAGUGGUACUAUUAUUUUGAAAUUAAGUUGGCAACAUUGAUUACUGCUAAAUUAACCUCAUAGUGUUAUCAUUGUUGCCAACUUACUUUCAUUUUGAUCAGAAUGUUCAUUCAGAUUAAUAUGUACUGAAGCGUACAGGUGUUCGUCUAAAUUCCAUACAGAAUGUAACAAAAAAAUGAGGACAAAAAGGGAGAAUUCCGAAGGUCAAAAUAAAACGAUUUGUAUUAAUGUAUUUUUUGUUUUAUUUUAUGUUAUCC